GCAGUGGACAUUACUUCCGUGUUGAGCUAUCCGGCCAGACACCAUGACUGCCGCGACGAUAUCUAAUUGACAACUUGAAGUCUCUGCUGAUCUCAGCGAGGUGCCAGACAGCAGCAUAAUGAAGAUAGCUCCUGCUGCUCUGCUGUAUGUCAUUGCAGGUGUUGUAUCAGGUGCACCCAGUGCCAGUCCAGUGUUGUCUGCAGUGUCUGACACAGCCAGGUUCAGCUGGGAGGUUCCACAGGGAAGUCUUGGGACAGGGAGUAGUUUCUACACUGUCGGUCCUGCUGGUGUCACUGUGUUUGCAGUGACAGCUGCUGGGGCAUCUGUUGUGUUUGGCAGCUACAGAGGUAGACUGGAGAACCAGGGGGACAUAGCAGCCAGGAAUGUCACCUUCACCCUGAGCAACAUCCAGACAUCUGAUGCAGGGACAUACACGUGUAGGGGUGGAGGGGCUACUAUUGUGAUACAAAAUUGUGGACAGAAACUUGUUGUUCUUGGCAAGCCGACAACACCUGUCCGUCCAGUGUCAACAACUCCAGUGUACAACCAGCAAGUGACCUUGACCUGCAGCUCCACCUCUACCACUGUCCCAGCUGACCAUGGCCUGACCUUGACCUACAUCUGGCAGCGUGACAGAACUGACAUCACAGUAACCUCCCCUGGUUCCCCCUACACCUUCAGAGUGAGUUCCCGGGACAGUCACAGCUACAGAUGCAGAGCCAGAGAAAGUCAGGGUCUGGAGUCAGAGUGGAGCCAGGGGUACAACAUGGAGCCUCAGUACGGGCCCUACCAGAUCUCCCUGACCCCCUCCAUCUCCUCCUACACUGUGACAGAACACCAAGCUCUUCCAUCAAUCACGUGCUCCGCCAUCUGUAGACCCGGAUGUACCUACAGAUGGUUUCACAAUGGAACAGCCUUCAGCAGUGGAGCCGUGCUCCAGGGACAAGCUGACAGAUCUAAGACAGGCUCCUACAGAUGUCAGCCUUCCAACACACACGGGAGUGGUGACAGUGUUACAGUCAGUGUCGAUGUUCAGUACCCAGCAACUGUAAUCAUGUUCACCGUCAACUCACUCAGCGGUACAUUGGCAGUUAACGAGUCUGAUCCGGUGACGUUACGAUGCCAGGUUGAUAGUAACCCAAGGUCAGUCAUCAGAUUACUGAAUGGAACUGAGGAGUUGACAAGGGCAGAUAACUCCAUGACAGCAGAAUAUAGACUGGCGUCAGCAGACUGUAGACAAAGAGGGAACUACUCCUGUACUGCCACUAACAACAUCGGGGCACCUGUCAGCCAGAGGGUGGAGUUGCUGGUCAAAUGUUCUCCUCGACUUGAUGAGACAGCUGUCAAGCAACUCAAAUACGCCUCUAGACUGGGUGGUAACGUGAACGUGUCUGUGUCAGUCCUGGCCUACCCCCUUCCUACAUUCACCUGGAGUAGAACCACCAGCACCAGCCAGGACCUCACUGGUUCCUCCAUCCCUGUCUCCGCCAUCUCGGUCACUGCCAGACUACACCUUACUAACCUCCAACAGCAGGACUUCGGGGACUACAGUCUCACAGUCAACAACGGUGAAAGCAGUUCAGUGACAUAUACAGUCAGCAUAGUGUCUGAAGGGCCACCAGAUGUACCUACACAGUUUAGAGACCUGGAUAAUGCAACAACGUCGUCGGUAUGGUUAUCAUGGCUGCCUGGUUUCAAUGGUGGACACCCUCAGACGUUUCUGCUUGAGCAUCUCAAGUUUGCUACAAGAACUUGGACUGUCUACAAGACCUAUGCAGACACCGGCAAGAUGAUGGUGGUGGAAGUGACUGGGCUUACACCAGGAGAUAUUCACAUAUUCCGACUACAUGCUAGAAAUGACUAUGUGGAUUCUAACAGAUAUGUAUUUGUAGAAACUAGGACUGCUGGAGAUCCACCCAAUCAACAAAAACUCGAAUCUCCAUCUUCGCAUGCAGGGGUAAUAGCAGGAUCCACAGUCGGAGGCAUGCUUCUUACUAUGCUCCUUGAGGGAAUUAUUCUGAUCGUACUGUACAGAACAGGCUACAGGCCUAGGAUCGGACAUAUUCUGAAAGAAACUGCAUUACGAAAAAGCACCAGGAAUCCUGAAACUGUAGAAAUGGACAACAUAGGGUAUUCAUCAUUAGAUCAGAUAAAUGUCCCAGCCCAGCAUUCAAAUGUGAAGGAAUCAGAAAAACAACCGUAUUCACAGUUGACGAUUUAUGAGAAUACAAAAGCGGAUGCUGCAGCAGGUACAAGUACCUAUGAAGGCAUGACAGAGACUCCCCCUGUGACCUAUGAGUCCAUCAGAGCAUCACCAUACCAGAACACUGGAGCAAAUUCUCAAGGUUCUGACCAUGACAAUAAGUAACGAAGAAGGAAGACAUCAUCAUAUCAGAUCCAGUAACAGACCAAGGAACAUGUGCAAUAUAUUAUAUUCCUUUCCUUUGAGUCAAAACAUCGUUAGAUCCGGGGUAGAAUAAGUCUUCAGCAACCCGUGCCUGCUGUAAAAGGCGACUACGUUUGUCAUAAGAAGCGUCCAACGGGGUUGGGUGGUCAUGCUCGCUGAGUUGGUUAGAUCGGUGCUUAUGUAAUCGUCACUGGAU